UGAUUAAUGAUACCAUCCAUGGUCACAUGGAGUUACACCCACUCCUCAUCAAGAUCAUUGACACACCUCAGUUCCAGAGACUUCGAUUCAUAAAGCAGCUUGGAGGUGUCUACUUUGUUUACCCCGGAGCGUCUCACAACCGCUUUGAACACUCGAUCGGGGUGGGAUACUUAGCAGGAAAACUUGCUGAGGAUCUCAGGUCAAGGCAGCCGGAACUCAAGAUCUCUGACGAAGACGUCCUUUGUGUUCAGAUUGCUGGCCUCUGUCAUGACCUGGGUCAUGGACCCUUUUCCCAUCUGUAUGAUGGAAUGUUCCUCCCCAAAGCACUGGAAAAGAAGGAAGAAAUGAGAAGAAAUGGGGAAUUGGGAGAAGAGGAGAAAUUGGAGGAAUGGAAGCAUGAAAAGGGCUCUUGUGACAUGCUAGACCACCUGGUGAAAGAGAAUAAUAUUAAACCAGCGAUGGAUAUGUAUGGACUGAUCCCUGAAAAAGACAUAAGAUUCAUUAAGGAGAUGAUUGCUGGACCUCUACAGGAAUCUAAAAGCAAGAAGUGGCCGUACAAAGGGCGCCCAGAAGAAAAGUCCUUCCUCUACGAAAUUGUGUCCAACAAAAAAAACGGCGUUGAUGUGGACAAGUUUGACUACUUGGCCAGGAUUGCAGAGGCUUUUUUGAAAGCAGACGGUCACAUUGAGAUUGAAGGAUCAGGAGGGAGGAUGUUCACUCUCUCUACAGCCUUUAAGAACAUGGAGGCCUACACAAAGCUCACAGACAACGUGUUUGAGGAAAUACUCAACUCUUCCCGUCCUGAGUUACAAGAGUCGAGGCAGAUUCUGCAAAACAUCAUCUCUCGAAAGAUCUACAAGUUUGUUGGUGAGAGAAAGCCAGAGGACCCCAUCGAGGAUUGGAAAAGCCAGAAAUCUGUCUGGAAAGAAGAAUUGGCUCAACCCCUCCCUGACGAGGAAGAAAUCAACCUGACACCAGAGGACUUUGAAAUCCUGGUCAUUAACAUGGACUACGGCAUGAAAGAAGAGGACCCUGUUGAAUAUAUGCAUUUCUACAGCAAAUAUGAGCCUGAUGUGGCAAAGUCAAUGUCCAUAGAAAAUGCAUCCAGGAUUGGAACAAAGAAAGUUUCUGAGCAGCUGAUCAAGGUCUUCUGUAAGAAGAUUGAUGAACAGAGUGUGGAGGCUGCCAAAAAGCACUUUGAACAGUGGGUGAAGACGAAGCCAAAUCUGUUUGGAUCUGAGGGUAAUUUGAGCGAUCCUCCUGCAGUUGACACCAAGGAAAUUACCAAACAACAUGAAUAACACUGAAUAAUAUUCGCAUUCAGACCUAGCACUCAUGUUUUUUCUCGCUUUUAUCAUAUACAUCUGUAUGUACAGCUGUAUCAUUCUUUUAAAAAUCAGUUCCAACAACACACAACAUGUUUUUAUUAUGAGGACAAAGAUACAUCAUGAUAUAUGAUACCACUCUGUACAAUUACGGGGCCUGCAGUCAAUAUGAGACAGUAUCAUUGGCCCAUUUAAUUCACUGUGUUACACUUCUAUCGACUCACACAGAAAACCCAUUCAAAAUUGGAUAC